GGCGUAUGUACGAGCUCGGCGGGCACGUUGGCGGUGGGGUGACAGGCGAGAAUAUCUCACGCCGCCGCCUACCGUCCAGAAUACGUAGGUAGCAUACGCAGGCGCCGGCAACACGAACGUCUACCGACCAUCGCGUACGAACGCCGUCCGUGUUCCAUAGCGUCCGUCUAGCUUAUUCUUCUAUCCUUAGACUGUUCCUCGGGUAGUAGCGGAGAUGGCAAAGUUGGCGGAAGCGUCGGGCGUCGUGACGUCUGAUGUUGCGGCGUACGGUAUACUCGCAGCAUUCCUGGUAGUCGCAUACGCGGUGGCGGGCGUUGUCUAUAAUCUUUAUUUCCACCCGCUACGUAACUUUCCCGGGCCGCGGCUCCAUGCGGCCUCGAAGUUCCCGUGGGCGAUCCAACAGACCCUCGGUAUCCAACCUUUCGAGACCCAAAAGCUUCACGACAAGUAUGGACCUGUGGUUCGCGUCGGCCCAAACCACCUCUCCUAUACGGACCCCAGGGCUUGGAAGGAUAUCUACGGUCACCGCGUCGGCGGCGAGAGCCACGUGGCCGAAAUGGCCAAGUCCCAUACCUUCACCAGGUCGCUUCGCAAGAUGCCGACAACCAUUGCCAGCGCAGACCGCGAGGAGCAUUCGAGGUUCCGUCGCGCGCUCGCCCACGGAUUCUCUGACGCUUCGAUGCGCCAGCAGGAACCUCUCAUAAUGCAAUAUGUUGAUUUGCUGCUCGACCGACUACAUCGGGAGUGCAGUGAUGGGAAGAAGAAGCUAAACAUGGAGGCUUGGUACAAUUGGACCACCUUCGACAUCGUCGGCGAUCUUGUCUUUGGGCAAUCGUUUAAUUGUCUCGAAGACGUCGCUAAUCACCCCUGGAUCGACUUUAUCUUUAAAAUGAUCAAAUUCGCUGUUCUCACGAUAUCCGUGACCUACGUGGGCCUAGGGGAAGCUGUGCAAUGGAUGUACGCCGUCGGAGGGGGUUCGCUAAAAACGGUCAUGAAGUAUAACAACGAUAUGUUGACGAAACGGUUGAGUAUGGAGAAAGAACGACAAGAUCUAUUUGAAGGCAUCGUACAGAAACGAGAGGAGUGGAACAUCUCGUUCGAGAAGUUGGUCUCGAACGCCUCCCUUCUGGUCCUAGCCGGGUCCGAGACAACUGCUACCACUUUGUCCGGCGUCACCUACCUCUUGCUGGCCCAUCCUGAGGCACUCAAGAAGCUCCAGGAGGAGGUUCGAUCGUCGUUCAAGAGCGCAGACGAGAUCAACAUCAAUUCGGCCAACAGCCUGACGUACAUGCUUGCGGCUCUCAACGAAGCAUUACGACUGUACCCCCCCGUGGCCUCGGGUCUAGUCCGCGAGGUGCCACUCGGGGGAGCCAAAAUUGCCGGCCGGUUCGUCCCUGGUGGUACUAUGGUCGAGGUCCAGCAAUGGUCCAUGAACCACAGCAAGGAAAACUGGAAUGACCCGUGGACCUUCCGUCCGGAGCGGUUCUUGGACACUCUGGAAGAGGCGGCUAAGGCGGGGAAUAGGCUCGACGCUCUUCAGGCCUUUAGUGUCGGCCCUAGGAACUGCAUCGGGCGCAACCUCGCGUACGCCGAGAUGCGCGUGAUUCUAGCCCGCCUCGUGUACGACUUCGACAUGAAGCUCUCCGAGGAGAGUACCGAUUGGAUCAAGAGGCAGAAGGUGUUCGCGCUCUGGGACAGGAUCCCCCUCUACGUCUCCCUAACCCCAGUCCGACGCGAGUUCGCGUCGUAGUUGGAAGCGGUAUCGAAAAUGUUGUUGCCCUUGGAUAAGCGAGAAGAGUGGGCCCUGGGUCUCCUCCCAAGACCCAUUUCGUCUCCCCUACAGCGUGCCCACGCUGUUCCUCUUCAUGAUUU